AUGGGUUUAGUUUUGGAGAAAUGGCAGUGGAACAAUUGCUUCCUCAAAGUGAAGGCCCCAGACUAUGGACACACUUGUGCAGCGCCCGCAGCCCUCGCACCUCACCGCCCCGGCCCAGCGCCGCCCGCCCCGCUUUCCCCUCAGGGGCGGGCCCGUGCCAGCCCCGCGCACCUCCCCCGCCUCCCCCUUCCGCUCCGGGCCCGGCGCCCAUCGGAACGAAGGCGGCGGGGGAGGGCCCGGCCCGGGCUAUCGCGGCCCCGGGAGGGCUCAGGGCCGGAGCAGCGCUCCCCGCCGGGCCCUGCCCGCCCUCCUCCCGCUGCCGCCGGGAGAGGCCGCCCGCGCGCACCGCCCCGUGCGCUCCGCGCUGGGAAUAAAGGCGGGGGGGGCGCGGAGGGGGAGGAGGUGCCCCCGAGGAUCGAGGGGGGCCCAGGGGGCGGGCGGGAGCGCGGCCAUGGAUGUAGGAGCGACCGGGAGCGCUCCUGGUAUCUGCACCAGGAUGGCCGAGUGGUUAAGGCGUUGGACUUAAGAUCCAAUGGACGCAUGUCCGCGUGGGUUCGAACCCCACUCCUGGCAAAACCUCUGAGAUGGUAUCUCUGGAGGGAGAUGUUGGAACUGAUGGAGAAGCUGCCAACUGCUGUUUAUCUGUUAACCAGUACCUCAGCAGCAACUAGAUGGAUGGAGGCAAUGGCCCUGUUUGCAAGGGAACUUCGCUCAGUCCUGGAAAUCCAGGUGUUUGACAGCUCCAGAUUAACAAUAAUGAAAAUAGUAAGAGACUUGUAGUAACUGGUUUGUACAGUAUGUCAGCACCAAAGCACCAAGGAGCUGUUACUUGAAUUCAGAUGCAAGUUCUGCAGGAAAAAAUGUCUGCCUGAUCUGAUAACUGAGAGUGACAACACAAUGGGCUAUAUUGAAAGGGGCAAUAAAGAUGCUUUA